AUUUCUGCAGCAACCUCUUCUCUUCCAUUAGAAUAAUCCCACACUUAUAUCUACCCCAUUCAUCAUUGUAUAAAUACACUGCAAGCAAACCAAGCUGAGGAAGAGAAUCCUCUCCAUGGAAAACUGGAAAAAGAAAAUAGCUAUUGCGAAAUGGAAAGAGACAAACUGAUCAGAACAACCCAUUUCUCUAAAGCUACAUAAACAUUAUAAAACCCUCUCUCUUUCUUCACUUCUCUUCUGAUUAAGAGCACUGUCAAUUCUGAUGAAGAUUCUACUUCAGCUCCAGCAUGUAUUCCUUUUUUUGUUUUCUUUGUUUCUCAUCCAGUGGCAUUAGCUUGUACUGUUGAGUAGAGGAAGGUGGGAAGUGCUGAUGAUUCAUUAAUUUAAAUAAAACCUACACAGGGGUAGGUGAGGGGGCUAUAAGAACAGAUGAUAUGUCUGCAUAAAGGAUUAUUCAGUAUCAAAAACUAGAGCAACAAAAAGGCUUCUUUGUUUUGUCGCUUACUUUGAAAUCUACCUUAGAUUUUUGGCUUCUGUUAUCAUCAUCACCAUUAUCAUGGCUUCAUCAAACAGAAACUGGCCUAGCAUGUUCAAGUCGAAACCCUGCAACACUCACCCUCACCAAUGGCAGCAUGACAUCAACACCACUCUCAUCUCCAAUGGGUGCCACCGACCACCUUUCAGUACAGUUCCCGGAUAUGAAGAACGUAGCCCAGAGCCUAAGCCAAGAUGGAACCCGAAACCUGAGCAGAUCCGCAUACUCGAAGCGAUCUUCAACUCCGGCAUGGUUAACCCCCCAAGGGACGAGAUAAGAAGAAUCAGAGCGCAAUUACAAGAGUAUGGACAAGUAGGUGACGCCAAUGUCUUUUACUGGUUCCAAAACAGAAAAUCAAGAAGCAAACACAAGCUUCGCCACCUCCAAAACUCAAAACAAUCCCAACAAAAUAAUCAAAACCCUCAAAGUACCUCCAUUGCCACUAACUUUGUUGCUCCUUCUUCUUCAUCGUCUUCCUCUGAGAAAUCCUCUCCAAAAGGAUCUAGUAAGACUCUCUCUUUGAGCUCUUCAAAUGCUGUCGAUGUGCCCUGUACUUCUCAAACUGGAUCGGUGAACCAGACCUAUUUUCAAGCUCAUAACGAGUUAUUGACUGAACCCUAUUUCUUUCCAAUUCAACAGUGUGUUGGGGGACAAAGUGUAUCACAAGGGUUUGACUUCCCCGAGCUAUCAAAUGUGGCUCAGGUUCAUCAUCCCCCACUUGGGCCCUGCACUAGCCUUUUGCUUAGUGAAAUAAUGAACCAUGAAGCGACAAAGAAAGAGCAAGAAGACACAAUGAGGAUUCAACCACACAUCAAUUACUCUAUGACCACUCUUCCUAGUACUUUUAGUAUCGCUCCCCCUCCUCUCCCUAGCGCCACUGCUACUUCUACUGUUCCAUCUACCAUAAACCAAACUCAAGGUCUUGAAGAAUCAGCUGGUCCAGCGGCCCCAGGCGUUGCUGCGACGCCAAGGUUAACAGUGUUCAUCAACGACGUGGCUUUUGAGGUGGCUAUGGGACCCUUCAAUGUGCGUGAGGCUUUUGGUGAAGACGCCGUGCUGCUUCACUCCUCUGGUCAGCCUGUUCUCACCAACGAGUGGGGUGUCACUCUCCAGUCGCUCCAUCAUGGCGCAUUUUACUAUUUGAUAUAGAAGUGUGGAAGCGGAAAGGGCUAGCUAUGGGCCUUUGCUUAGAGUCUUAGUUUCAUAUUUUCUCUCUAAUCUUUUAGGGUUUGCUGAUCAAGACUUUUAGGCUUCCAGUUUAAUGACUAUUAUGUUAUGAGUGUUGGAUAUUUUGAAAAGAACUUUUCGAAGAAUGUAAUAUCCUUUUCUAGUUAAAGCAAAUAUGAAUGCUUCUUC